AUGCAGGAAAGUACUACCGUUGGGACUGACUCGAGUACGACCGAAAAUGCAAGUGGAUCCAGCACAACUGAGUCCUCAAGCACUACUGUCAGCCCAACAACGCGAGUGCCUGCACAGAGUACACAGAAUAGUGCGGGCAACAUAACCGCCUCAUCCACACAAACGACUCCAUCUCAACCUGUAACCACAAGGGCCGCACAAACUACAUCUGCCACUGGUGGAUCAAUACGGCCACUGAUUCACAAAACUAGUUGGAUUCUGUUCCCCGUCAUCGGAGCUUCAUUGUUCUGA